GAGGCCUUCCGAUGGAAUGCCGUAUCCGCGAAAUUUUCUCUGAGCUGCGACUCGGACUCUCCUGCUUCCCCCAGAACCAGCUUGGAUAACUUCCCUUGUCUUUAUUUCGUUUUCCCGUCGUCGUUCUUCCUGGGGACCUGGGGUCAUUUUCUGUUUCCAUUGACCCUCCCUUGAUUGUACUAUACGCCCUCUCUUCUCUCCCGUUUCCUGCGUGUUGUGUUGUUCUUUAGACAUCCAUUUUUUGGACACCUGCUCACAACCGCUCAACCAAACCACUAUAAUGGCACAGACUAAUGGCGAGCUGGAGAACUCGAAAGAGUCUCCCAACACCCAGCCGGAGGAACAGCUUACCAAUGGCAACCACCCCGAGGGUGCUGCGGAGGAGGAUCAGAAUGCUGGAGGUCUUUUCCAGAUCUCCGUCAAGCUUCCCCACGAGCCUUACAAGAUCCAGGUGAUGGUCUCGAGCCAGGAGCAGGUCCAAGAUGUCCGGCAAUCCAUAGUGGAGCUCCCCGGGACGUUCCAAUAUACCUGUUUCCACUUGGAGUUCAACGGGGAGCGCAUCAAUGACUUCGUCGAGCUCUCCGAGGUCAAGGACCUCAAGGCGGACUCCGAGAUCGUCCUGGUGGAGGACCCAUACACCGAAAAGGAGGCCCGCAUGCAUGUGGUCAGAAUGAGAGAGCUGAUGGGAGCGUCGGGAGACCGCAUCGACAAUCUCCACGGUAUUAGCGCUGGUCUGUCUCUGCACGACUCUGUUGCCUCUGAGGAGGAGACAAGCGGCAGCGGAGCACAGAAGUCGGGCGACGAACACCCUCUGGCGCGCUACGACCUUGGUGCUGCCAGUUCCCUGCAGACGAUCCUACCCAAGUCCGAGAACCCGCCUCCGAAGACUAUCAAGUCUAUCUCGCUCUCUCCCUGGAACCCACCUCCAUACCACCUCCGCCAGAAGGGUCACCUUUUGUACCUCCAGGUUACGACUAACGAAGGGGAACAACACCAGAUCACCUCCCACGUGUCGGGAUUCUACGUCAACAAAUGCUCCAACAGCAAAUUCGACCCCUUCCCCCGCCCCGCUCCCAAGAACUGCAGUGCUCAUUCUCUGCUCAGCUUGAUCGCUCAGCUUUCACCUUCAUUCAACACGGCCUUCCAGGCUCUGCAGGAAUCUAACAACAAGAAGGACCUCCUCACCACCUUCCCCUUCCAGAACGCUAUCCCCAACAACCCCUGGCUUGUCUCUCAGAACGCCGCAGGCGUCAACGCUCACCAGCCCGACAUCGCUCGGUCUCAGGAGAACUUCCUCAUCUCCGGUGUGGACAACGCUGAGACCCUUCGUGACUGGAACGAAGAGUUCCAGACCACGAGAGAGCUACCUCGUGAAGCAGUCCAGGACAGAGUGUUCCGGGAGCGCCUGACUUCAAAGCUCUUCGCCGAUUACAACGACGCUGCUGCCCGUGGCGCCGUCUUGGUGGCCAGGGGAGAGGUUGCACCUCUGAAUCCCACGGAAGGAAGAGAUGCCCAGAUCUUCGUGUACAACAACAUCUUCUACUCUUUCGGCGCUGAUGGCGUUGGCACGUUUGCUUCCGAAGGUGGCGAUGAGGCUGCCCGUGUUGCUGUCGGAAAGGACGUCAUGGGAAUUAAGGCUGUAAACCAGCUGGAUGUCCCCGGAUUGUUCACUCCAGGAACCGUUGUCGUUGACUAUCUCGGUAAGCGUAUGGUCGGUCAGAGUAUCGUUCCUGGUAUCUUCAAGCAGCGGGAACCCGGCGAGCACCAGAUCGACUACGGUGGUGUUGAGGGCAAGGAAGUCGUGGCGGAACACCCUGACUUCGUUCCUGUCUUUGAAAAGCUCUCCAAGGCCCUGAGAGUGAAGAAGCACCCCGUCUGGGAUAAGGACGGCAAGCGUCACGAACUCGAAGGUAGCGUUGAGACCAAGGGUCUUCUCGGAACGGAUGGCAGGAAGUACGUUCUUGACCUGUAUCGCAUCGCUCCUCUCGAUGUCGCAUGGCAGGAAGACGAAGGAAACAGCGAGUACCCCCACCGCAUGUCCAUUCUUCGCCUUGAACUUGUCGAGUCAUACUGGCGGUACAAGAUGAGCCAAUACGUGAAAGAGGAAGUCGAGCGUCGCCGCAGUGCCAAGAAGGCGACCGAAGAGAAGGCCGUCGAGGGCGAGAAGGCUGAGGGAGAGGCUGCUGCUGAGAAGAGCGAAGAGGCUGUCGAUCAGGAGAGAGUAGACAUCUCCGGCUUCCAGUUUGCACUGAACCCCGACGUGUUCAGUGGCCAAGUCCCUCAGACCGACGAGGAGAAGGAACAGUGGGCUCGUGAUGAGCAGGAGGUCCGCGAUGCCUGUGACUAUCUGAGAUCGAAGGUUCUUCCUGAUCUGAUCCAAGAUCUCCAUGACGGCGAGGUUGGCUUCCCGAUGGAUGGACAGUCCCUGAGUCAGCUUAUGCACAAGCGUGGUAUCAACAUUCGCUACCUUGGCAAGGUUGCUUCACUCUCCAAGGAGAAGGGCUCCCGCCUCCAGGCUCUGACCGUGCUCGCGAACCAGGAGAUGAUUGUCCGUGCUUUCAAGCAUGUUACUAAUCGCUACCUGCGUUACCUGCCUGCUCCUUUCGCGCCUUCUUGCAUUUCUCACUUGCUAAACUGCCUGCUCGGAACCGACGUCAACCCCCAGCCGCGCGCAGACAUUGACGAGUCCCUGCGUGAGAUCUACCCGGAAGGCGAUUUCGCGUUUGAGAGUGUCACUCCCGAGAGCUUGAGGGCCGAGAUUGAAAAGCAGGUUAAGACCAGGUUCCGCUACACUCUGGAGUCUGAAUGGUUCAGCUCCUUGAGGCGUUUGCAGGUUCUCCGUGACGUUGCCAUCAAACUCGGUCUCCAACUGGGAGCUCGUGAAUAUGCUUUCACAAAGGCCCAGAUCAAGGAGACCGCUCCUAUCUCUAACGGCGCCAACGGAGCCGGACACGAUGAGGGCAAGAAGAAAAAGAAGAAGGGCGGUGACAGUGCCUCGCCCAGCCCUGCACCGGUUAAGCCCGUUGUUACCUUCGUUCCCGAUGACAUCCUCAACAUCGUGCCUCUCGUCAGGGAUGCUGCUCCACGGAGCGCUCUCGCUGAAGAAGCCCUGGAGGCUGGACGCAUCUCUAUGAUGCAGGGUCAGAAGCAGCUGGGCCAGGAACUUAUCCUUGAGUCGCUGUCUCUCCAUGAACAGAUCUACGGAAUCCUGCACCCCGAGGUUGCCAAGCUGUACCACCAGCUUUCAAUGCUUUACUACCAGAACGACGAGAAGGAUGCCGCUGUGGAACUGGCGCGCAAGGCGGUCAUCGUCACUGAGCGGACACUAGGCGUUGACUCCGCCGAUACCAUCCUCAGCUACCUUAAUCUGAGUCUGUUUGAACAUGCUAACGGCAACACCAAGACCGCCUUGGUGUACGUCAAGCAUGCUAUGGAUCUCUGGAAGAUCAUCUACGGCUCCAACCACCCCGACUCUAUCACGACCAUGAAUAAUGCUGCCGUGAUGUUGCAGCACCUUAAGCUCUACUCGGACUCGCGGAAAUGGUUCGAGGCCUCACUGGCUGUCUGCGAAGAACUCUUCGGAAGGCAGUCCAUCAACACCGCCACGAUCCUGUUCCAGCUUGCCCAGGCUCUGGCCCUGGACCAGGACUCCAAGGCCGCUGUCAACAAGAUGCGUGAUGCCUACAACAUCUUCCUCAGCGAACUCGGACCCGAGGACCGAAACACCAAGGAAGCUGAGAGCUGGUUGGAGCAGCUCACUCAGAACGCUGUCUCGAUUGCCAAGCAUGCUAAGGAUAUCCAAGCUCGUCGACUGCGCCGCAUCAAUCUGACUGGCCGCGUUCCGCUUGGUGCCAAGCCGCAGCCUCAGGUCGGCCAGACCGUCGCGGAAGCAGCUGGCGCCACGGACAGGAACGGAUCCUCUGUAGACUCCCGUAGCAUUGAGGAGCUGCUGAAGUUCAUCGAGGGUGGUGAAUCGAGUACUCCUCGAUCGAAGCAGAAGAAGCGUGCUGCUGCCAGCAACCCUAAGCUCCGUGGUUCCAAGAAGUCCGCUGUGAACGCUUAAUUUCAUAUUACGAAAAUGGGCAAUGCAGAGCCGAAUUUUCAUUUCCGAUAUUAACGUGUUUUAGCAACGACACUAUAUACAUGUCAUGGAUGAGGUCUUUGGUCCGGUGGCUCGGUGGUUAAAAAGAAUUGUAUAGUAGGAAUCUCUACUCUUGCGCGCUAUGAGGGACCUUUUUCCCUUUCUUGUUUCAUGCGGGCUCUGCAUAGCAACGGUCUUCAGGUUUCCAUAUCAAGGAAUCGCUUUGUAUUAUGAUGCACGAAUCUUUUUCUAGAGUACUGUGGUAGUGGAACGGUGAAUGUCACGAUAACCAGUCACGAUCUUACUAGCAUUUAAUAUAUACACCAGUACAC